AUGGACAGCAAUGAGUAUGUUUGCGAUCUUAUCAAUCAAGAUGAGUGUGGCUGGGAUCUAGCAGUGUUACGUGAGAAGUUCUCAAAGGGUGACUAUGAUCUUAUCUCCAAAAUACCUAUUCUAUUCCCUCUCCGAGAAGACAGGAGGGUUUGGAAGGAUACUGAUAAUGGCUUAUACUCUGUUAAAACGGCCUACAGCAGAAUCCGGGGACAGCAACAAAGCUCUCAGUUCAGGAAUUAUGUCCCAUCUAAUGAGGAUAUUGAGUUCUGGCAAGGUUUAUGGAAAUUAAACGUCCCCCCAAAGUUUGGAUUUUCCUUUGGAAAGCUGGGAGGAAUAUAUUACCUGUGGGCUGCAACAUUGCUGGAUGGAUGGAGGAUGCUUGCCCAGACUGUCCCUUUUGUAGCCUCCCUGAAAACCAAACGAACGCCUUGCGCGAUUGUAGCUGGAUCAGUGGAAGAUGGCGGACAUGGGAAGGGAGAGAGCUGUAUGAGAUUGGGGAAGGAAAAUCAUGUCUAG